UUUGUGUGCAACAAUACAUCACCUCGUGGAUUUUGUAGAAGACUUUGUUUUAUUCUGUCAAGAUCUAUCCCCGAAUUCGGCAAAGACUUGCUUUAUAAAAAAAAUGUCAGAAACCCCUGUCAUUCCUGAUCAAGUGUUGGAAGCGCACACUUGCCGACUUUGUGACAAAUAUCUAACAGUUAUUCCGAUCAGCAUCCAUCCUGAAGGUGGAAAUAUUUGUGGAAGAUGUCAAUCGAAGGUUACCAAACACUCGCAGUGUCUCUUUGAGUGCGAUUCUGUCGAGGAUCUAAUCGAACAAAUCAACUUCCCCUACGCAAUAUUUGGUUACGUAAAUCACCUUUUCCCCUGUGUGAAUCGCUACGAGGGCUGUAAAAGAUUACUAACUUUUGACGAAAUCAGCAUCCACGAAACUACAUGUCCAUCGAGAAAAAUGAUGUGUCUCUAUUGCAACUACGAAGGAACAGGAAGUCAACAAAUCAAUCAUUUCAAAACCAAACACCCUUUAAACUUUUUUGAUCGAAUCUAUUUCCGGUUCCCCUUGGAUCGACACUGUUUUUGUAUGAAUUUAAUAAAGUGUGGACAUGAACUUUUCUUUCUAUAUUUUGAAAUCGAUGAUGAAAACCAGACAGUGACGUUUCUUCUUGAGCCAACAAGUAAAUACCUGGGAGAUGACAUUGAUUUUUUCUGUCUCCUUAAGGACACCCAAGACGAAGAAGUUUUUAAUCAAACUACAGUUUCGAGACGAAAAACUGAUGGAAUUUCUCACUCCAUUCAUCUCAAGGAAGAACAAUAUUUAAAAGAGCUCGACAUAUUUUGUGAAUGUUUGUUAAAAAACGUAUCCAAAACGUAUCUUAAAUCAGCCUCAUUCAAACCACAAUUUUGCAGAUUUUAAAUAUUGUUACUAACCAGUUUUUAUACUUUAUCUGAUAAAUAAAACAGAACUUUUGUACCCUA